AUGAGAAAAGAAAGUCAAGAAGAUGGUCUAAGCGAAUUUCAGUUUGUCGUUAUCGAUAUAAGAAAACGCUUAGAUGCACCAGCUUCUGCUAUGUUACAAUCUUUGAAUGCGCUGACAGGAAACAGCAUAUCCAUUAUUGACGAUAUUUCAACUGUUAAUUUUGAUGAGCCACCUAGAAAGACUGCAUUUCUUUUUGUUAGUAGCGAGUUUGAUGCUACAAUGGGAAGCGAACUAGAACAUACCGAAGCAGUUUUUGUCCUGGAAGAUGACAUCGGUAAAGUCGAUUAUGAGCACCGAUUUGAUAAUGGUGAUGAUCUCAUCUAUCAAUUAGCUGACGAAAUAUAUCGAUGCUAUCAACAAGAAGCCGAACAAUAUUUGAUUUCGGGUGACGUAAAAACAGCAGAAAUUAAAAGAAAAGUGUCUAAUAAAAUUCAUGAAGAAUUGGACAAAGCGUACAACUCAGCGCUUAAGAGUGAUAGCACCAUUACAAAAUCCAUCGAUGCAUAA